AUGGAAAUCGAAGAUAUCAAAAAAUUAAUUAUUAAAAAGGAGUCAGUUAAUGAUCCAAAUAGACAUCUUAAUCAUAUAGAAUAUCAAGAUAACAGUAAUUAUUGCCCACCUAAAUACGAUGUUCCAAUAGACGAUGAAGGUUAUUUGCAAUCAUUUACAAUUAACCAAGAGAAUGAAUAUUUAAAGUUUUUUAAUCACUAUGGAUUUGUUAUUAUCAGAGAUGUUCUUAAUGAUCAACAAUGUCAAGCUAGUAUUGAUGAUAUCUGGAAUUUUAUUUUGAAAGAGCAAUGGAGAACAGAACCAGUGAAUUCAACCAAUGAUUCCGAGUCAGAGAAAGUCAAGCAGGACCAACCAGAAACAUGGGUGAAAAGUUGGCCAACAUCUCAUCAAGUAGGUUUUUUAGGUAGCAGAUCUGUGUUUUCAAAGACUGCUGUAGAGACUCGUGCCAAUCCCAAUAUCUAUCGAGUCUACUCAACAUUACUAGGUCGUAACGAUCUCUUUAUCAAUCAUGAUCGUUACGGUUUCUUCAGACCAACCAAAAACAUUUUAAAUCCAAUGCCAAAAAUGACACCUCAUCAUACUGAGAUCAAACAAAGAUUAGGUGAGAUGAAUGCAGUGAAAAUCGAAUCAAAAAAUGAUUGGAAAACAAUUUUUAACGUACAUCUUGAUUUGAAUCCAUUCGAAUUUUUAGAAGAGACUUCUGAUGAAACAAGACAAAAGAUCAUUCAGAAAUUAGAGUAUGAGAAUUCAAUGUCAAAUGAUUUCCAACUUGAAAAUAACGAAGUAGGUCCAAAGACUCUAAAUGAACUACAUAUCCAAGGACUUUUAAACUUUGCAGACAAUAAGACUUCGGAUGGUGGUUUCCUUGUUGUUCCCGGUUUCCCAAAUCACUUUGAAGAAUGGGCUAAAAAGUAUGGUUUUAUCAAAACUAUUAAAUUAGAUAUUAUUUUUGAUACUAAAAUUCUUUCUCUUAAAAAAUAUGCAGUAAGAGUUACAGCAAGGGCAGGUAGUUUGGUAUUAUGGAAUCAAAAGAUGGCUCAUGGAUCUUCUCCAAAUGAUAGCUCAUAUCCAAGAUUUAGUCAAUUUAUUAAAGUGAGUGUUUCAACUUAUUUUAACCAAGAAAAAACCCAAUUGAGAUGUAAUAAGAUCAAAGAAGCACUCAAUGAUUUAGAUAAAGAACAGUUUACUGAUUUACAACAGAAAAUCAUUGGAUUGAAGUCGUGGAUCUAA